AUGAAUGAAUCAGGAUCGUCAAUACAAAAAGUGAUGCAACAUUAUGCAGUUAAGGAUUCUAAAAGGUUGAUAGUAGUAGCAGAUGACUUGAAUACACUGCCAGAUGGAGGGAAAUUAGCUGCAAUGAGAGGCCAUAAAGGAUUAGAAAAUAUUGUAUCAAUGAUUGGUACAGAUUUCGUAAGGUUCAGAUUGGGUAUUGGACGGCCUGCAGCAAAUUCUACGCCAAUUUCUCAAUGGGUUUUAAGCCCAUUUACCAAAGAAAAUUCGGAAAUGGAUCUUUUUGGUUACCUUCUACAAUUAACAACAGAUGCAUUAAAGGAUUAUA